AUGCAGACCCCAUCACAAGUGGCGUCCCUAGGGCUAGAGCCAGCCGACGACACCGCAGCGCGGGAUGGUCUACAGAAAGGACAGUCUCUACAGAAGAUCGUGCGAUUCGAUUUGAAAGAGGAGGGGAACCAUAUCCUCGCGGUCAGCGUGAGCUACACCGAGACGCUGAUCGGGUUGGAUGCGCAGGCGGCCAGUGGGAGAGUGAGAACGUUCCGCAAGCUGUACCAGUUUGUUGCGCAGCCCUGUCUCAGUGUGAGGACUAAAUCCUCCGAGUUGACGCCGCUCGAGGUGGAGAAUAAGUCGCUUGGCCCGUAUGGGAAGACACGGCUCCUGCGGUUUGCCCUGGAGGCGCAGUUAGAGAAUGUUGGUGAUGGAGCGGUUGUCGUCCAGCAAACAAGACUGAACCCUAAACCGCCGUUCAAGGCGAUCUCUCUGAACUGGGACCUGGAAGCACCCGAUGGGCCCGACCCGCCGCCGCCGACUCUGAACCCACGGGAUGUUCUCCAAGUCGCCUUCUUGGUCGAGCAGGAAGAAGGGCAGCAGGAAGGGCUCGAGGCGUUGCAGAAGGACAUGAAACGAGACGGGCGGGCUGUCUUGGGACAAUUGUCGAUCGAAUGGAGGGGACCGAUGGGCGACAAGGGAUACUUAACCACGGGCAACUUGCUCACCCGGAGACGGACGUGA